AGGUGGUGCUGGGUUUGUCCAGCAUCAGAAAUGCAAAACUGCCGAACUCGAAUCCUCUAAAAGCAAAGGGCACUGUUAUUAAAGAAAAGAAAGGUGCAUUCCAUGCAUGAGCUUGCAAGAGGAAGGGGGGCUCCGGAUCCCCCACCCACCCAGGUGCCGCCCACCCGGGCGCGGCGGGCGCGGAGCCGAGCGCUCUAGGACCGAGAAGCAGAGCAGCAGGGAGACGGGGCCUCCUGCGGGAGCAGCCGCGAGCGAGGGCGCCGCGGGCCGGGGCUGAGAUGAACGCGGGGCGCUCGGGAGCCACGAGGACCCAGCUGCCGGGGCGGCGGCGCGGGGAGCAGGAUGCGGCCGCCCUUAAUUAAAUAGCAUUUACUCUUAUUAUUACUAAUAAUAAUAAUAACGUAAUCAUACCUCUAGUCAUAGCAUACCACUUAUCGGGCUCGGCGCAGGCCCGCGGGGAGCGCAGCCCAGCCGAGAGACUGAUGGAGAGGCAGAAACGGAAGGCGGACAUCGAGAAGGGGCUGCAGUUCAUUCAGUCAACCCUCCCCCUAAAGCAAGAGGAGUAUGAGGCCUUCCUGUUCAAGCUGGUGCAGAAUCUGUUCGCUGAGGGCAAUGACCUGUUCCGGGAGAAGGACUACAAGCAGGCCCUUGUGCAGUACAUGGAGGGGCUGAACGUGGCCGACUAUGCCGCCUCUGACCAGGUGGCCCUGCCUGGAGAGCUGCUGUGCAAGCUGCAUGUCAACCGGGCUGCCUGCUACUUCACCAUGGGCCUGUACGAGAAGGCGCUGGAGGACAGCGAGAAGGCGCUGGGCCUGGACAGCGAGAGCAUCCGUGCCCUCUUCCGCAAGGCGCGCGCCCUCAACGAGCUGGGGCGCCACAAGGAGGCCUACGAGUGCAGCAGCCGGUGCUCCCUCGCACUCCCCCACGAUGAAGGUGUCACCCAGCUGGGCCAGGAGCUGGCGCAGAAGCUGGGGCUGCGAGUUCGGAAGGCAUACAAGAGGCCCCAGGAAUUGGAAACCUUUUCUCUCCUCAGCAAUGGCACUGCGGCUGGCAUGGCAGAUCAGGGAACUUCCAAUGGAUUGGGGUCCAUAGAUGACAUUGAAACAGCCCCUGAACCCACCUCCUCCACAGACUGCUAUGUGGACCUUCGAGGAUCCCCAGCCCUGCUCCCCUCCACCACCUUGAUGCCCCUGUUCCCUCAUGUCCUGGACCUGCUGGCCCCCCUGGACACCAGCAGCAGGGCCGCCCCCAGCACGGAAAGCAUGGAUGACUUCUCAGAUGGGGACGUCUUUGGACCAGAGCUGGAUACCCUCCUGGACUCACUGUCUCUGGUCCAGGGCGGCCUACCUGGUGGCGGUGUGCCCAGCGAGCUGCCCCAGCUGAUUCCUGUGUUCCCCGGCGGGACCCCGCUGCUGCCACCCGUGGUGGGUGGCUCCAUCCCCGUCUCCAGCCCGCUGCCCCCUGCCUCCUUUGGCCUUGUCAUGGACCCCUCCAAGAAGCUGGCCGCCUCUGUGCUGGAUGCCCUCGACCCCCCAGGCCCCAUGCUGGACCCCCUGGACCUGCUGCCGUACUCGGAGACUCGGCUGGAUGCCCUUGACAGCUUUGGGUCUGCCAGGGGCUCACUGGACAAGCCGGACUCCUUCAUGGAGGACACCAACCCACAGGAGCACCGGCCUGCAAGCAGCAUUCAGAAGGCAGCCCUGUCGCCGGAGCCCUCGAUGCCCAACACUGCCUUGCUCAUCAAGAACCCCUUGGCUGCCACCCAUGAAUUCAAGCAGGCCUGCCAGCUGUGCUACCCCAAGACAGGGCCCAGGGCGGGCGACUACACCUACCGAGAGGGUCUGGAGCACAAGUGCAAGCGGGACAUCCUGCUUGGGCGGCUCCGCAGCGCUGAGGACCAGACCUGGAAGCGCAUCCGGCCUCGGCCCACCAAAACCAGCUUCGUGGGCUCCUACUACCUGUGCAAAGACAUGAUUAACAAGCAGGACUGUAAGUACGGGGAUAACUGCACCUUCGCCUACCAUCAGGAGGAGAUCGACGUGUGGACCGAGGAGCGGAAGGGCACCCUCAACCGCGACCUGCUCUUCGACCCGCUGGGAGGCAUCAAGCGCGGCAGCCUCACCAUCGCCAAGCUCCUCAAGGAGCACCAGGGCAUCUUCACCUUCCUCUGUGAGAUCUGCUUUGACAGUAAGCCCCGGAUCAUCAGCAAAGGCACCAAGGACUCUCCAUCCGUCUGCUCCAACCUGGCUGCCAAGCACAGCUUCUACAAUAACAAGUGCCUGGUGCACAUCGUCCGCUCCACCUCCCUCAAGUACUCCAAGAUCCGCCAGUUCCAGGAGCACUUCCAGUUUGACGUGUGCCGCCACGAGGUCCGCUAUGGCUGCCUGCGGGAGGACAGCUGCCACUUUGCCCAUAGCUUCAUUGAGCUGAAGGUCUGGCUGCUGCAGCAAUACUCAGGCAUGACACACGAAGACAUCGUUCAGGAAUCCAAGAAGUACUGGCAGCAGAUGGAAGCGCACGCGGGAAAGGCCAGCAGCAGCUCGAGUGCCCCAAGGACUCAUGGGCCCAGCACCUUCGACCUGCAGAUGAAGUUUGUGUGUGGCCAGUGCUGGAGGAAUGGGCAGGUGGUAGAGCCCGACAAGGACCUCAAGUACUGCAGUGCUAAGGCCCGUCACUGCUGGACCAAGGAACGGCGGGUCCUUCUGGUGAUGUCCAAGGCCAAGAGGAAAUGGGUGUCAGUGAGGCCACUGCCAUCCAUCCGCAACUUUCCACAGCAAUACGAUCUCUGCAUCCACGCGCAGAAUGGCCGCAAGUGCCAAUAUGUGGGGAACUGCUCCUUUGCACACAGCCCUGAGGAGAGGGACAUGUGGACAUUCAUGAAGGAGAACAAGAUCCUGGACAUGCAACAGACCUAUGAUAUGUGGCUGAAGAAACACAACCCAGGGAAGCCCGGGGAAGGGACCCCGAUCAGCUCAAGGGAAGGGGAGAAGCAGAUCCAGAUGCCCACAGACUAUGCUGACAUCAUGAUGGGCUACCACUGCUGGCUCUGUGGCAAGAACAGCAACAGCAAGAAGCAGUGGCAGCAGCACAUCCAGUCCGAGAAGCACAAGGAGAAGGUCUUCACCUCCGACAGUGACGCCAGUGGCUGGGCCUACCGCUUCCCCAUGGGCGAGUUCCGGCUCUGUGACAGGAUCCAGAAAGGCAAGACCUGCCCAGAUGGGGACAAGUGCCGCUGCGCCCACGGCCAGGAGGAGCUCAAUGAGUGGCUGGACCGGCGUGAGGUGCUGAAGCAGAAGCUGGCCAAGGCCCGCAAGGACAUGCUUCUGUGCCCUCGGGAUGACGACUUUGGCAAAUACAACUUCCUGCUGCAAGAAGAUGGGGACACUGCUAGUGCCACCCCAGAAGUUCCUGCUGCUGCUGUUGCCACUGCUGCUGCCACUGCUGCCGCCACCACUACUGCAGAGUAGGGGCCAGGUCUCGGCCGUGGGCAAAAUCCUGGGGUUGGGGUUGGGGUUGGGGUGGGGACAGAAGGCAAGAUGGAAGGGCCAGGGCCGGCCAGCUGGGGGUGGGGGGUGCCCUCCUCAGGCAACCCCCAGCCCCUGGGGUCCCUUCCACCCUCUCCACCCCCACCACCCAGGUGUGCAUCCCUGGUGCACGUGCCGCAGCCCCACGUAGUCCCAGGGUCCUCAUCCUGCUGACACCUGGAGAGACCCUCCACCACCCCCACAGGUCUCCUGGUUGGGGAGGGAGGGGACUGGCUGACCCUUCCAGCCUCAGCCUACAGCUUUAACUUCUGUCUGCUCCUAAAGGGGGCCCAAAGCUCAGGGCUGGGGAGCCUGGGGUCCCCACUUGAAUCUGCAGCAGGAGGGUCCUUUCCUCCUCUCCCCUUUCCCGCUCCCUCUUUUGGGGGCAGAUCAGGACACAAUAGAGGGCAGGAGGCCCCAAUUAGCUUUAAAAUGCAGCCUCAGGGUGGAGCUGGGGACACUGCACUGGUCACAUACACCCUGGGCCUCAGUUUUCCCUCUGGUUGAAUCAUCAGAUUGGAGGGCUGGAUAAUCGCUGGAGCAAGACUAAGGAUGCUGCCUCUGACGCCAACACCCCUACCCCCCUUCCUCACAGGCCACUAGUGUAGACUGUACAUCCUCAGCCUUUGGAGUGGACCCAGCCUGAGCCCUAAGAGGAGGAGUGCUCUGGCCCAGGGUCUCGGACCCCCAGUAGGAGGCAGAGCUCAGAUAAGAACAGUGGUUGGAAGACUUGGGGCCAGUUAUGGAGGGAGCAGCCAGGCUCUGGAGAAGGGCUGGGACAGCCCUGGAAUCAGUGUGCCUGGGGCCCCAAACAGUGCCCCUGGGGCUGAAGGAGGGCCAUUUGGAGGGGGGCUGGUCAUAUCGGCAUCCCUGAGGGACAGUCUCCUCCUGAGGAAGGUUGUCAGAGGAACAGCAGAGUUAGGUCCCCACACCUGCUCAGGGAGAGGUGGAGAGAGCGGGGAACCAUGAGCUCAGGUUUCGCACUUACAUGGGGAAGGAGGGGGUCGUGAUGUGGAGAAGAGGGAAGCUCCAUCCUGGGCUUCAUGAGCCACUCUAAGAUGGGACAUAAUCCCUUUCCCAGGGACCCAAACAUACUCAACUGUUCUACCUGACUGUCCCAGCCCUUCCUCAAUCCCCAGCCCUGCCAGCUGCCUGGGACCCCAGCUAACCCCCAGCUCUCCCCUCUUCUGAUGUGUCUGCGUGUACCUCCUCCAUCCCACCCUGUGGGCAGCCCAGCCUCCCCUGGUUCCCCAGACAUUCCAGAAUGCCCACACCAUUUGGCACAAGGAGUGGGGCAACCCCGGAAGGAGCCAGGGACUAAGGCUGGGGGGCGUGGAGAGUGUGAAACAUCCCCUAUUUUUCCUCUAGCAAGGGUCGAUAGUGCACGUGAUGGUGUAAUGAUGGGCACCCUGGCCGAGGGGACCCUGUCCUCAUGCCGCUGCUGCCCAACCUCGGCCCAAUAAUUGUGGCAUGCACCCUUCCCUCUUCCCCGCCCCCCGAGCCCUGCCCCUGCCCCUGCCCCUGCCCCUGCCCACAGUGGGCCAGCACUGCAGAGUGUGGGUGCUGGUGGUGUGGCUGAGGGGAGGUGUGAUCAUAGCCGAGGAAGGGCAGUGGCCAGGAAUGUCGAUGAUACUUGUUCUCCUGAUCUGUGCUGUCGCAGUCUGUCUUCACCAGCCCUGUUUUUAGUGUGUAUAUAUGUCGCCCCGUGAUGCAUAUAUACACAGGUAUUAAAUAUAUCACUCUAUAUAAUAUUACAUAUGUGUGUGGUAUCCAAGGAAUCACUUCUAAUGAAGGCUAAGGAUAAAGAAUUUGGCCAGAAUAUGCAGCCAUCCUCGAAUGACUAGAAGGGAAUUUUGGGUCAUCGGCUGUUUGCAAGGAGUUAGUGACUGGAGUUGGGCUCAGAGUUGACUUGGGCCCUCUGCUGCCUGCUGGUUUUCCAGACCAGCCCUGUCUACCAGAGAGAACCAGAGGGCUCAGGGAAAGGAAAUGAUUUGUGUUUGUCUGUCCCCCAAGGAACAGGAUGAGAGUGCAGUUUUCAUCUUGAGGCUGGUACUCCCCAGGCCCUUGGGAUCUGGGGCUCCCUGGCCUGGCCAGAGCUAGAUCCCCAUGGGGUAGGGAAGAGAGUGGGCAGCAGGGAAGUGGUAAGAGUGGGGGGACAAGAAAUCGCUGUUAUUGAUGAGAUUAACUAUGUCAGAUGUGACCCCUCUCUAGGUCCCUGGCUGGGAGGCUCGGAGUGGGAUCUAGGGCCUGUGCCCACCCAUAGCGUGCAGGGACAAGGUGGCACAGUAGAGCUGGGCUGGGGUGGGAUGGAGGAUGCUGCAUUUCACAGCUGGACAGUAAUCAAUUUAAUGGUCCUUUUAAAAUGUCUGUGUAUUAAAACUUUUAAGAAUACCACACUUUAAUAUUAAAUAUCAUAAGGCCUAGUAUCUUGAUAAUAAUGUAGAUGUUUUAAUAACAAUUUUUGUCCUUCUUAAAAUAAAAUGAAAGAAACUUGCUUCUUUUA